CUAAGCGUUUUUCUAGUACAUUUGCAAAAUGUUAGUUUUGCGGAUAGUGCUGAUUUUAAUAAUAAACAUUUAUAGUUGCAGUACCAGUAAUGAGUCAGUCACUAUUCAUACAUCUGUAUUUGGGAAUAAAGAGUAUUUUAUUUCAGGUAGUGAGGCAGGAUAUUUUCAAGCACAUGCCAUUUGUUCAAAGCUAGGGAUGCGGCCUGUUACGAUUAUGACUAGCCAAAUUAAUGAAUUUUUACUUCACGAUAUAAUUGAUGAAAAUUUGACAGCGAAUGCAUUUUGGACAGCCGGAUCAACAGUAUUAAAUAAAGAUGUGUGGAAUUGGUUAACGUAUGUCAUUAAAUUCGAGUACAAUCAGUUGCCAGAGAAUCUGGAUGAUGUUGAAAAUAAAAGAUGUUUAAAAAUUAUGGUAGAAAACGAAAAAACGCUUAAAUGGGUAACUGAAGAUUGCUCAAAAGCAAACUUAUUUAUGUGUGAACAAUAUGUAAAACAGGAACCAUUUGUUGAUUUGCUGGAAAGCUUCAAAAAUCCCCUCGGUUUGAUUGAAAACAUGCCAAUUUUCAACGAUAACGAAGACGUUCACUUUGUAAUAAAUUAUAUGAAGGAAUCAUACCAUUCAGCGAAUCAGAUAUGUCAUGCACUAGAAAUGGAACUUUUAUAUAUUGAAUCUGAAGAAGAAAACGAAAUGUUAAAAGAUUACAUAAAAUCAGCAGGAACUGACAGCGGAGCUUUCUGGUCUAGCGGCCACCGCAUAUUUGACAAAGUUAGCUGGUACUGGUUGGGCAGUGCUAUGCCAUUAGAAUAUACUAAUUGGGCCAUUGGAAAGCCGGAGAAAAACGAAAACUACUGUCUAAAAGUUGAACUAGGAGAUGAAGGCCUGACAUGGAGUGAAUUUGAUUGCACGGCUCGUCUGCCUUUCAUUUGCAAAGCUGAUUUAAGAGAGCAUGAAGAUGAAGAUGGUGAAGAGGAAUAAGAUGAUUAAAUAGAAAAAAGUACCUGUAGGAUGUUCAAUAUUAACUGAUUUUGCUUGUCCCAAAUAUGAAAUUAUUAUUUUUGUACUACUAUAGAAGCAUAGAAGGUUUAAAGCAAAUCAGCUCUUAGGUACUUUUAUAGUUAAGAAUUUUUGUUAGAAAUACUGGAAUAGUAAAAUAAAAAAU